AUGGAAUUCGACUCGGUUGACGUUGGUUUCUUUCUGGACUGUUCCUACUUUCCUCCAUUAUUUAUGCGUCGCCGAAGAGAGGCAUCGAAGGAGAAGGAAAGCAAAGCUAAAAAAGGAAGAAGAGGUUUACAGAGACAGACCACCAACACAAGCAGCGUCUUCUACAUCAGUGGGGGGACAAAUGAGGUGGCAAUUGGAACGUCAACAUCCCCUUUGGUGGCAUGGAUGGAAUGGAAAGACCAAGAAGACAUAUUCUUGUUCGCCACCCACACAUACGCAUGCCGAAUGCUAUACCAUCCUCCCUCUCCACCAUAUCGCCAUCGCCCUCGGAGAGGUACUGGUGGCGGAGGAGAAGAUAAGAAGACCAUGGCUUGCUUGGUUCAUCGACCUCGGAAGCUUGUGCAACUUUCGCUGCUGGGGUUCCUGCUGCUUCCCUUCUUGUUUCUGGUCGUGCUGAAGCCGCGGUUGGAUCCUUCCUCCCUCCUGAGUUUGCAGGUCUCCGUGAGAUCGAGUAUACGAAUCGAAGUGGUCGAAGAGAAGACAAGCAGUUCAGAUGAACAUGAUGAUAAAAUGAUGGACAUGCCAAAUGCUUUAGAAUCACAACCGGAAGAGAAGAAAUCAGUAUCAUACGCAGCAGAAAUGGUGCAACCUCUUCCUCCUCCUCCUCCUCCUCCGCCGCCCCUUCAGCAAAAUCACAAUGAGACAGAAAUAGAGAGUGCUGCAGUGAUACGAAUACCAAAUGCCACCAAAGUUGAGGAAGAAGCCACACGUUACUCUGCAGCAGCAGUUCCCAGCAGCAAGAUUUGGUGCGACUUCUCUCAGCGCCGAUCGGACACCUGCACCCUGCAUGGUGACGUGAGGGUGCUCGGCUCCUCCGUUCUCUUGGUGAAGACGUCCGCCGAUGCCUCGUCGGAGGAGACGACAUGGCGGAUCAAGCCAUACGCCCGGAAGUGGGAAACGCCCGUCAUGGAACUCAUCAGGGAGCUGCCCAUCAGGGUUGCUUCGGAAGCCUCGGAGACCCCGAACUGCACCGCUCGUCACGCCGUCCCUGCCGUCGUCUUCUCCACAGGUGGGUUCUCGGGGAAGAACUUCUUCCACGACUUCAGCGACGUCCUCAUCCCUCUCUUCAUCACGUCUCGCCGAUACCACGGCGAGGUCCAGUUCCUGGUGACCAACUUCAAUCCUCGUUGGAUCAACCGGUACGAGGCCAUACUGAAGCGGCUGUCGAACUACGAGGUCGUCGAUAUGGACCGAGACGACCGGGUGCGUUGCUUUCGGAACGCUCACGUUGGGCUGAUGAGUCACAGCGAGCUCGUCAUCGACCCUGCCAAAGCCCCAAACAACUACUCCAUGGCCGACUUCAGAGAGCUCCUGAGGUCCUGCUUCUCUUUGAGGAGGAAGUCGGUGAGGGUGGGCGGCAGCAGCAAGCCGAGGCUUCUGCUCAUGCUUCGCAAGGGGUCGCGGUCGUUGACCAACAAAAGGGAGGUCGUGUCGGUGGCUCGAAGGUCGGGUUACAGAGUCGUGGUCGCCGGGCCGGAGCAGACGAAGAACUUGUCGCGGUUCGCGGCGGUCGUCAACUCCUGCGACGUGAUGGUGGGGGUUCACGGGGCGGGGCUGACCAACAUGAUCUUCCUGCCGGCAAACGCGACGCUGAUCCAGAUAAUCCCAUGGGGCGGGCUGAGGUACGCCUGCAACCAUGACUACGGGGAUCCCACCGCGGCCAUGGGCAUCAGGUACUCGGAGUACGAGGUGAGGCAGGAAGAGAGCUCGCUGGUGAAGCAGUAUCCGAGAGACCAUCCGGUGUUCACGGACCCUCAGUCGAUACACAGGCAAGGUUGGAACGCUCUGUGGUCCGUCUUCCUCGACAGGCAGAGCAUAAAGCUGGACGUAAGAAGGUUUAGGGGCGUACUGCAGGAAACGAUUCGGUCCCUCCCGCGUUAGAAGAAGAUUGGCUUCGAUUCGUGAUUCGUUGGGGUGUGGUGAUGCGUAGACAAACUGUACCAACAAUUACUUUCAGGAAUAUUAUGCUACAAGCGGUGAAUACGAAGUACGACAUACUCUUUUAUCA